UCGCCGUUACCGCGUUCCCAUUCACUUCUCACUUCUCACUUCUCAUUUAUCCCACCUUUCCUCUCUCUCCCUCUCCCUCUCUCUUCUCUCGUCCUCUGUCCCUCUCCCAAUCCUCCCACCUCUCUCUCCCUCUCUUCAUCCCUCGCCCACCCUCUCCUUCGUCGUCUUGUCCAUCUGCAUCGUCGACGCCUCCACCUGUCAAUCGCCAGCCUCCACCCUCCGUCCCCCAAUUCGACCUGUCGGGUCCAGCCCACCCGACAGCCCUCUGUCCACUCGCACAGCUACCAUCCACCCAAACUACCUACGUGCGGGCUUGUUCGUCAAUCUCCACCUGGUCACCUCUUCCGUCCUCCCUCUCCCUCUUCUCUCUCCAUCCUCAUCUCCAUCCCCAUCUCCUCUUCCUCAAUUCUCCAACGGGAUGGAUAUCAAAAACCCCCGUCGGAUAUUAGCCGUGUCGUUGGCCGAUUCCACUCACCACCUCACCAGGGUCAUCAAAGACCUCACCGGCACCCGCCCCGAGCAGACCUCGACCUCUCUGGCCGGCUCGUCGCAUGACCUCGUCCUCCGCACUGCUUACUACGUGGCCGAGGUCCCCAUCUGGCUCGAUGUUAUCGCGUCGCCGGCCGAGUGGUCCGCCUCCUUCCUCUCCACCGAGGCGCGCGAAGUCCUCGAGGUCCUCGGCGGCAUUAUCGUCGUCUUCGCCCUGCCGCCUCCUGCGUUGACCCCAUUAUUACCAUUGCCGGCAAAGGCUGCGACAGCACAGACCCCACAGCCCAACGGCAACGACGCCAGCGGUGACAGUGGUAGCGGUAGCGGUGGCGGUAGCACCGCUAGCAGUGAGGUGGUGCGCGCAAAGGAACUAAUUCACCACAUUGGCCGUGUCAUCAAGAAAGGGCUUGGUGGCUGGACGUGGGACGGUGUCGGCUUGUGCCUUGGUAUCGGCGAGCUGGACAACACCGAGGAGUGGGAGGAUUGCUGCGCUGAGGCCGGGCUCGAGUUCGUGCAGGUGCGGAGCCAGAGCACGACGACCCGGAACGAAUUCGGCGAAAAAACUGGCAUCCCCCGGGCCCUGGAAGCGCUAGAGUCGAAUGACUGGGAGCAAGCCAUCGGUGCCGACGAUCUCGGUUCUGACUUGGAUGACUUCGAAGCCGGGCUAGACGCCGAUGAGGAUGUCGAUAGCCCCGGCCGGGACAAGGACGGGUUAGACUUCGACCCGGAGAGUAUGGACUUCGGGCUUGACCAGGACGACUUCGCGGGCCUCCGACGUGCCAUCUGGACCGCCGGGCUUCGGCAGGAUGACAAUGACGAUGACGAUGAUGAUGACGACGACGACGACGACGACGACGACGAUGGGGGGGGAACGAAAAUCUCGAGGGGACUCUCGACCUUGAGGAUGAUGAGGAAAAAGGACGCCGCUAGCGCGGCGGCUGCGGCCGCGGCGGGUGUCGACGACGCGAAUGACGCCGAUGACGAAGAAGAGAAGCUAGACGAUGAGGAGGUGCGCAAGAUAGAGCGCAUGAUGCUCAAGCUCCAGGCGGUGCGUGACACGAGCGCCGGGCUACCCGAGGACCAACGUAGGCGAGUUGCCGCGAAAGCCGUAGCCGAGGUGAUGAAGGAGCUGUAAGCGAAAGCUCGCCUGCAGACCCGAAGCUGGCUCGGGGUGCUCGCGCACGAGGAAUACGCAGCACGGUUGGGAGGCGGGAUUAAUGCGGCAUUAGAGGC